GAGUGGCAGCCGUGUUGAAAUGACGUUUUAUGUUGUAUCGUCCGUUUGUUCGCUUAAUAUAGUUUGAGAGUGAAUAUUUAUUUUCUAUCUGUGUGUGCCUUCUUCCAUCUUUUCUACUGCCUUAUUUGCUUCCACAAACGGGAAAUAUAGAGAUACACCAUCCUGGGCACAACAAAUUGUGAAAAUUGUGAUACUAUCGAGUCGAUUUCUGCCUAAGAAUAAGUGUGAUUUUGGUGCAGUGAAGUGAAUAUAUCACACCGUGCUGUUAGGUGCAGAGGCAUUUACGAAAAGCUUCAUAGGUGCGGUGACCUUAAAACAGUGUGUGAUGUAAGCAAACCUCGUAUACAUACUUCUUAGAAAUAUUAAUAAAGCAAAGUGGAAACAAGAAGUGCCUCAAACGGGAGAAGAGAAAUUCAUCACUGGCAUACCGCUGACGAGUCACGGUAGUGAAUUAAGAGGAAACGAAGCACAAACAAGUAACCAAGGAUACUAGUACAGCUGCUGUUCCAGAGUUCCGGAAGCGAUGAUACACGUAGGCGACAACACAUGGAACCUGCGGGUCUUCAUCACAGACCUGCAGGUCGAAAAAACACUGCGAGUUCGCGGAGAUCUGCACAUUGGUGGCGUCAUGCUCAAGCUAGUCGAUCCAGAAAACCCGAAAGAUUGGUCCGACCACGCACUAUGGUGGCCAGCGAGGAACAUAUGGUUAACGAGAACCAAAUCGACACUCGAUCAGGUGGGAUUGCAUGCGGACGCCGUUCUACACUUCACACCAAUGCACAAAACCCUCCGAGUACAGAUGCCGGAUUUGAGAUACCUGGAUUGCCGUGUGGAUUACUCGAUUAAAACUUUUGGCGCUGUAGUAGCUCUUUGCAAAGACCUGGGCAUCAGGCAUCCGGAGGAACUUUCACUAUGUAAGCCAUUGGAACCAGCCCACUUGAAGAAAAAUUAUGCCGAUUUACCGAAAAAGAAAAUCCCCUUCGAACAAAACGGCAAUGCUAGAGACUUUGUUCACCCAGCCUCGGACACCAACACAUUCAUCCCAGCCACAGCUACUGGCUUCCACGGCAGCAGCGGUAGCCUCGAUGGACCAACAAACGGAGGACCAUUCUCCUGUGCACCGGUGCAACAUCCACAUUAUACGCCCAACAAACCAGCUUUGCAGAGCACACCAAUCAGCUCUCCUACUGGGACAUUGAGGCACAAUUACACGAAUGGACACACUUCAUUCAACGAGUCAUCCUCGAGUUUGGGUGAUGCUAUCGAUAAUCUAGCGUACAGUCCAUGCGCCCCUAGUCCGGAAGCGCGAUCACGUUUGGUUAAACCAAAAACGCUCGUAGAACGAGCACGUAUGAACGUGGGCUGGUUGGACUCAUCGCUGUCCAUUAUGGAGCAAGGUAUUCGAGAAUUUGAUACUCUCUGCCUACGCUUCAAGUACUAUACAUUCUUCGACCUCAAUCCCAAGUAUGAUCAAGUACGCAUUAACCAGCUGUACGAACAGGCAAAGUGGCAGCUAUUAAACGAGGAAAUAGAAUGCACCGAGGAAGAAAUGCUUAUGUUCGGCGCACUGCAGUUCCAGGUGAACCUGCAAAACGAAGUGCCACAGCCGGACUCGGGAAUCGACACAUCAAGUCUAGAUAAUGCCGCUGAUGAUGAUGUUGACGCAGCACUGCGGGAGCUCCAGAUUACGCUGGAAGGACCAAGUAACGGACACAAUGCUGGAGACAUUACACACAUACCGGAACUGACGGAUUAUUUGCGAUUUUUGAAACCGAAGAAAUUCACAUUGAAAGGUUACAAGCGCUAUUGGUUUACGUACAAGGAUCUACAUUUGCAUUUGUACAAGAGUAGAGACGAUGCCCGAUCUAAUAAUCCCCCUCAAGUUACGAUUAAUCUGCGCGGCUGUGAGGUCACACCGGAAGUAAAUUUGUCACAAAACAAAUUCAACAUCAAGCUAGAAGUACCACUGGAACAGAACACCAACAGUGAAAUGUGGAUUCGUUGCGACAACGAGGAUCAAUAUGCCAAAUGGAUGGCCGCUUGUCGGUUAGCAUCGAAGGGUCGUUCUUUGGCCGACAGUUCGUAUGACAGUGAAGUAUCCAGCAUAAAAUCUUUCCUGAGCAUGCAGAAACCUGCACAAGCUCCGGCAAUCACGAUAAACCCGAACAACAUCGAACCAAACGAGUAUUUGUCUGUUAGAUAUGUUAAAAAACUGAAAAAUAAAGCUAUCAUGCGAAUGCUGGAAGCCCACGCCAAUGUUAAGGAUCUUUCGCUAAUGGAUGCCAAAAUGAGCUACAUUCGGGCAUGGCAGAGCCUCCCGGAAUUCGGAGUUACGCUUUUCGUAAUCAAGUUUGACGGACAUAAAAAGGAGGAACUGUUGGGUGUGGUCAGCAAUCGGAUCAUGAAGAUGGAUAUCAAUACUGGUGAUCAUUUGAAAACCUGGCGCUACAACACCAUGAAGGCUUGGAACGUCAACUGGGAGAUCAAGUGCAUGAUGAUUCAAUUUCAAGGCGAAAGUAUCGUGUUUUCUUCGCUAUCCGCCGACUGCAAGGUCAUUCACGAAUUCAUCGGUGGCUACAUCUUCAUGUCGAUGCGAUCUAAAGAAACGAACCAAACGCUUAACGAUGAGCUCUUCCACAAACUAACGGGUGGCUGGAACUAAACCGUCGCUGCCAACAAAAUUCGUAUGAUUUUGGUAUUCUUAUCUUCUACAAAACUUAUGUAAAUAGUAUGAUGUCAAAUGUCAACACUGCUAGGAGCUUAUUUUAAUAUGUUAACAAAAAAUAGCAAAUCAUUGUUUUAAGCAAGUUGGAAGGUACUUUUUUAAUUGAAGUCUUUGUAAGUAACCAUAUUUUAGUAAGACAAUCAGAAACUCGAUCAAUAAUCGAUAGAUAAUUUGGGAUUUUACAUCUCAAAGCCUUAGUUUUGACGUUUCUUCAGGAAAACACGCAUAGUUAACAUGCAAUAAUUAAUGUACACUUUUUAGAGGAUUUUUUUUUAGAAAUGCCAAAAGUGUCUUCUGCAUCGUGUUAAAACGAAGUAAAUCUAUAGGUACUGUUAGUGUAGAUUUUAUAACGUCGGUAAUUCAAGUAUAUUUAUGUUAUACAAACAACCUUCAAUGUUAUUUUUAAUAUUUGAGCUACUUAAACUGUUCACAUAAGGUUAAAAAAUGAAACCUAAUAAAUGUUGAGACUAAUAUUGCAAUAAUGAUAACAGUUUCAUUAUUUAAGGAAAAAAAUCAAAUAACAAUGCCGAGACGGAUUUUUUUAGAUGAUUUAAAACAUAACAGCUUUGUAACUAAUAAUUGUGUACGAUACAUGUUAAAUAAAAUUUACUAAAUUUCCUUCUAGAACAGUUUUCUUUCUA